GACGUUGGGGCGGUGUGUUUAGGUAUAGCCUCGACCUCCUCUCCCGGUGUCCGCACGGCCGACGCCGCCGCCAAUUCAGAUUUCAGUGCAACAGACGACUCGCCGUGUCCACGACGUCGCUGCCGCAAGUCCGUAGAGCCACACGCUCGUGGUCGCCGCCGCUUUUGUUUCGCGCCCAAUUUUUUUCUACCCUUGGCCGAGUAAACUAGUGACUGAAAACGUUUUUGUUUUUCGUUUUCCUAUUUAUUUCUUGUAUACGUUCGUUAUCCCCUGUUCGUGUGCCUGUGCCCGUGAACGUGAAUACGUCGUGCCACCCGUAUGCGUACACACCGAACCUAUGGAUGUCGACGGGAUACGUCGAGACAUCCACGAUAUCAUAGCCGCUUAGCCGAUGAAGUUGCAGAUAAUAAUAUUAUGUGGGCGCGCGAAAUGUAGGCGUCGGGCGAGCUAGCAUGCGGAGCGCCAGCACAGUGAGCGGCCCUCUACUGUCUGUUUCAACGCCUGUCAGCCAACAAAACCGGUUCGCUGCCGUCCACCUGCUCACCGGCCAAUCAUUGUACUUCGUCGUUGAGGGUAAAUCUCGGGUAAAGGAAGUUUACUCGCAGCUUACGACUUACAUGAUAAGUCAAGGAAUGCAGGACAUCGAACUAUUCGCUCUAGCUUUUAUAUUAGACGAAGAAUAUUUUUUUGCCGAUCCUGAUAGUAAAUUGUCAAAGUAUUCACCAAAAAGUUGGAAAUCUUCUUCAACAUAUGGUCUCGAUCAAAAUGGACAGCCGCUAUUACAGUUGCACUUACGCGUCAAGUUCUACGUGGAUACCACAAAGUCCAUACGCGAUGACGUCACUCGGCAACAUUAUUAUCUCCAAUUGCGCAAAAAUAUCGCAGAUAGGGGAGGCACCACCGAAGAAGGCGACCAAAACGUGUUGCCUCUGGUGGCACUCGGCCUUCAGGCGGAUUUGGGCGAUCACACGGCCGACACGGACAUCUCGUCUGAAAUCCUCGAGCAGUAUCUCCCUUCUAAGGUGUACAAAAAUAACGAACACAAAGUGAAGCAGACACUGAGCGCUCUGCACAAGAGCCACAAAGGAGUGUCGAAGAGUCGUGCUCAAACGUUAUUUGUUCAAGAGGCCGGGCUUGUGCACAAGUCGCAUUUAUAUCGGUUGCGAUUGAACAAGUCGCAGCCGAAACAGACAGCCGGCACGGCGCUAUCAAUAUGCAACAGCGUGUGGCUAGCCAUAUGCACCAACGGCAUACAGUUGUUCCACGAGAGUCUAUCACAAGCGCUUAGUUGUCUGUUCUUGUGGAACAAUAUUGUCAAAUUGUGCUUCGACCGUAAAAAGUUCGAGCUGAGGCCUUCAAAUGCGGACAGGCUAGUGUACUAUACGAAUUCUGACGAGAAGAGCAAGCGUCUGUUGGCGUUGUGUCGGGAUACUCAUCAGUUUUGUAUGACUGUACACCCGAGACUCUUGGAUACGUUUUUGAUCAACAACACGUCUUCGGAUAAGAAUUCGUUCGAUGGACUGAAAUGGACGAACGAUAAGAAAAUGAAACUAAACAACUGCGACACGUUGGAUAAGAAGUGCGAGAGUGGUUCAAAUUCGAGCAUUUCCACCGGUAACCAGAAGCCCAAAGACAAGUUGCAGAAUGGAAGCAUAUCGUCUAGCGUGGAACUGGGUUACAGUCAUACUACUCAGAAUUCCACAGUGUCCGAGUUGGACUAUUCAGUGCAGUCAGCACAGGACAGCAGCGACGCGUACCUUAUGUAUAGACACCCGAGAGCCCGGACAGCGUACGUGGACAAUAGCAAUCAGUCGGCGCAUACUAGUAGUGGCGUGUACACUUGCGCAAGUUAUAGUUCGGCCAAAGACACUACGUCCGCGUCUUACACCACGGAAAAUAGCAGCGUCGGCUAUCGGUCGGAAAGCAAGUCGGACGCUUUGUCGCCGCCGCCGCCACCACCGCCGUCCACCGUUCCGGCGACUGAUUGCACAGAUUCGGCUUACACCUCGUUACCGGGAGUCGAUUACGAAACAGCGCGGGAUGGCGUCCGAAGUCCGGCGGUCGAGUCCGAAUCUACGAGGACCGAUGGACGCGACGCGGACGACGACGACGAUGGCAACGACAGCGACGUAUACACGGUGUCCAGCCGCGGCCAUCGGCGUCGAUCGGUCAGCGACAGUUCGUACCGCGCUACGACUGCCACGUCCGCUUCCGACGGUGACGCGGUGACGUCCAAGUGCGGCGACACAGGUUGCGGUAAUAGGUGCGCGCUAGAUGGUUAUGCGGACGAUGUGCCUCGCAGUCGUAGUGGAUCGAUGGUCAGCAACUCGGGCAGUUUUCGUGGUGACGGCAGCGACCCGUCAGAAGGCGGCCGUGGCGCCUUGCUGUCUGCCGCAGAGCUCUCCGACCUGAUCGUCGGACGCAAAUCACUGCAGACGCCCCGCAAAGGCUUCUAUCCGUCCCGGCCCACCACCAGCUUCACGCUGGACUCGGAUUCGGAUUACGUAACCCUGCCGCCGCCGUCUAUGAACUUUGUCACUGGCGCCCCGUCGCUGUCCAAUCUGUCGCUGGCCAACUUUGACUGUGGUGGAGGUAGCGGUCCGUCGCCUUGGGACAUUCGUCGAUCUUUAGACCUACUGUCUAACGUUAAGUUCUGCGGUGGCCAUACUCACCAGUGCGUCGUCAACAGCAGCAACUAUCUAGACGUACACAAGAGUGGCACGGCGUUUUACCACCACAUCUACCCCGGCUGUGUGCCUCCGCCACCACUUAUACACUCCAGACAACCGCCUCCGCCGCCGCCACCUCCGCGUCCAAAACAGUUCGACUACCAAUUAGAACAGUACAAACAACAGUUGAGAUCUGACGUAGACUUCGUUGUGUACCCCCUUCAGGACCCGGCGGUCAGCCGACAAGAGUACGCAGAUGCGAAAUCGGCCCGCGGCCAGUAUCAUCGGUACUUUGGUCGGGACCCGCCGUCGUAUCAAGUAAACACGCACCUUUACCGGAGCACCCCCAACGUGGCCGCUAUGUCUCACCAACACCACCAUCACCACUAUCAACAACCCCCACAUUCACAUUUCCAUCAACAAACGAUGUCACCGUUGCCGCCGCCCCCCUUACCGCCGUUGCCGCCGCAUCUCAAGUACGCUUCUAAUCAAAACCUGCAAUUGUUUACGGCACCCGCGCCCACAGCCACCGAGUAUGUAUUGCCCGUGCGGACGUUUUCGCACGACAAUCUGUUAACUGCCGCACCCGCGGUACCGCCCAAGGUGUUGUUGCGCAGACGCCCACCACCACCUCCACCACCCAUUACCGGAUUACAGAAACCGGCGGCCGUCGUCCGUCCUAGACGCGCGUCCGCGGUGGUCGAACCCACGGCAUCGACUAUGACCGCGGACACUACAGUGUUGGACAUCGAGUCGUUACGCGAGAAAAGUCGCAACCUCGACCUUCCUCUCAUCUCGGCCUUGUGCAACGACCAAACGUUGCUCAAGCAAACCAACACGUUGGCCACAGAAAACAAAUCCACCCAAACUGUGUCCACCGGUAUUCCAGCCAACGCCGUGGUCGCCUCGACGAGUCCCGUCGCCUCAACAUCUGUACCGCAGCCGGUUCCUAUCCAAUCCGUACCUAUCGUAUCUGUGGCAACCGGUGCCAAAUCGUCGUCGAGCUGCACCCGGUGCACGAUGACCAACGGUUCGUUUUCGCCAGGUUUUGUUGCCACCGGCACUGCCGUCGGACCUACCACGACGUGCACCGCUAAGGUCAAAUCAAAAGUUAAUCACGUCAAAACCAACACAAAUAUUGUGUAGUAGUCUUAAAAGUUAAAAUUAUUUUUCGUACCAUGUGUGUGUAAAAAUGUCGAAGCCACGGCAUAUGUGUUAAACUUGCACAAACAUAAUUUUAUUUGCGAACAACUUUAAGCCUGUCUUUGAAAAAAAACACGCCAAUAAGUUGUAGGACCCAUAUCCUGUCCGCCGAGAGAGCAUGCCGCGAACCGACGAAAACUGGCCGUUCUGCGCAUCUCCGCGCGGCAGCUAGUGACACUAGCGUCCCCCCGAGACCGCCCUGUCUGACAGCCUGUUCUCGGCGGCUGCUUGGUCUCCUGACCUAACCUAACCGGCAUGUUCUCUCGGUGGACAGGGUAUGGGGUUGUAAAUAUGAAAACAUUGUUUUUGGAUUUCCGAUUAAGGCCCGUUUGGCUUCGAUGUUUGUUGCGGCAAUAUCGUGUGCCCAACUUUUAGUUUUGUUACCUUAUGAUAUAAUUAUUAAUAAGAAAAUACAAAACUCGUGCCAGAAGACAUUUCUAAUUUUAUGCGCGACGCAGUCGUACUAGCGGGAAUUUUAUCUUUUCAUCGAGGCCACGGAAAUCAAUUACAUAUACUUGUUAACGCGGCUCACGUAGAUUAGGCAAAUUCUAGUCAUAUAUCGAAACAAGUAUAGCGGUUUUUCGAGCCACGAAGAUAUGCAAUUCGGCUUGUACGAUGCGCACGCUUAGGUGCGCCCAAUUUAAACAAAUUUGUUGAGUUAAAACCAUUUAAGUUAAUAUUUAUAGUUUAUAGUCUGUAUAAGCCAAAUUUGUAUGAAUUCGAAAAAAAGUCGCUAUUAGCCAUUCUGCUUUGCCUAUUUUACGAGAUUUUUGCCGUUCUAAAUUAUAAUUUUACAUUAAUUUAUAUCUCCAAGACCUCCGGCUCGUGUUUUUUUUUAAUAAAUAAAGGUACAUAUCUAAAACUUUAUUUCCGGGUCCACGCUCUCGUAGAUUAACUAACAAAAGUAGUUUUGCUAUUUUACAAUUUUUACUUGCAGUCAGGUGUAAAACAAUGCUACAAUGUUCCCAUAAGUCUUUUUACCUAUACCUUUCUUCAGCGCGCAUAAUAUGUAGGUAUGACGUUAGAUAGGAUAAACAAAAAAUAGGUUUUUGCAAUUAUUAUAAUAUAUUAUGUAGGUAUGACUGCCGUCGUGAAAUAACGAAAAUUUAUAUUAUUUUUAUUGUAAGUUUUUUUCUAAUACUGUAUUAAAUUUUGAAGGCGAUUAGCGAUACAACUAUUAUUGUUUUGUAACAAAAAAUAUAAUAAUACUUAUCAUUAACGUGAUUACAAGACUAGGUGAAAUGUGCCAAAUAAGAGAGUUGUAUUAUGUAUUAUUUUAAUUAGAAAACAGAAAACAUUUUUUUGACAGACUGUGUCUGUAACUGCAGCUUAAAGUAGAUUUAUUUAAUUAUUUUUAAGUAAGUGUUAAUUAGUUACCUAAAAGUGCCUUAAAUCAUUUAUUAUUUUUAAGCAUCUCUAAUCAUAUCAACAAUUUAAAAAUAAAAAUAAUAAUUGAUAUGCAGGCCAUUAUAUUAGAUUAUGCCAUUAUGAUACAUUAUAUUUAAAUACCUAUAAAUUGUAGCCUUGUAGAAAUUAGUACAAACUAUCAAG